AUGAGCGAUCAUACAAAACACCCGACGCGUGCACAUCACGCCGUUGAAAGAUUUCAAGGUUCCGUCCCACAACGUGCCACUUCUAAAGCACUCCGUCUUGACGGAGACGGAAUUGUACUGGGAACAUCGAAGAAAAUAUCGUCGGCAAUCAACGCGUUGGAACAAAAUAAAUUGGUCAACCUCCAUCGCCUUUUCUACGGGAGCGCUGGCGUCGCAAAGGAACGGCUGAUGAAUGUCUUGGCAUUCUGUGGGCUCGAACAAGCGAAUCAAACUGCUUUCGACAAGAACGUGAAACGCGUGACGGGGGCAUUGGAGAAAAAGACGGACGAAGAGAUCGACGAACUCGUGAAAGUGUUUGCAGUGAAGGUGAAAGAGACGCGGAACGGGAAAAUCGAAGACAUCUUGAAUUUCGUUAUCACUCCAUUGCGACCAAAUUGUGACGAACAAAUCGAAUUCAAAGAUGAAACGUUCGAGGAAAUGGUCGAAGAAGGAGACGAAGAACCAGAAACACAAUACGACGGGUUGGAUGCGUCGAGUGAUGAAGGUGAAGUCUAUAACGAAGAAGAUGAAGAAGACGAUGAUGAUAAACCUAUUAAAAAAACUAAAACAACGAAGAAAGGAGCAAAGACAUCACAAACGAAAAAGGGUAAAAAGAAAACAACAAACAAAUGA